CUGUGCUCAACUUGUCCCGCACGGACCAGAUGACCACUGCACUGCUCAGGUUCUGUAGGUCCAAUGAUUCGUUGAUGGAAGUGUCCUUCUCGACACUCAACCAGCUAUUGGCACAGUUGAUGCUAGAAGAUCCGGUAAAGGUCAUUGAGUCUGUUGAGAUGGCUGUGAUAGCAGUGGAUCAACUUCAGGAGCAGAACCCAGUGUGGGACUUCCUGCUGGGUCUGCCGGACCUCUUCGUGAAGGCUACUGACCAGGACAUGAUCAUGGCUGUUGCUGAGAGGCUCUCGGGCCUGAAGGGGGCCCUGACUUCGAUUCAGAGCAGCUUCCCACAGGCCAACAUUUCUCUGGACAUGGUGAACCCAGCCAUCGCUGAAGGAAUUGAUAUCCUUACCUACCUCCGUAAAUGGAAGGGCAGAAAUGCGACUUUUUCCCUUGCUGAUGUGUUGAGGCCAAUGAAUGAGUCUCUAAUUAGCCCAGAGAUUUCCACCCUGAUCCAGCAUCUCCAGAUCCCUCUGGAUAAGGUGACUGUGCUGUUCAACAAUGAAGCCUUCUAUGCCUUUCUGUGUUCCACACCUGUUGGCGGCCCCUCUUGUAACCGAUCCAUAGCUGACAUGGUAUAUGGAUGCAUAAUCCAAGAAAAGGUUGCUCUUCAGAUGAUGUUGGCCUGGAGUCAGUCUGCUGCCUCUGCAGACCUUGCCUUUGUUAAAAAUUUACUGGGUGCUAUUCCCUCAACGGGAGCCUCCAGCGGCAGCAGGAACCAGCGCAGCAGUGACAGCCAGCCACAGAACCUGCAGGAACAAAUAUUCCUAAGUGUGGGCAGUGUUGUAAUAGACACGCUGAAAGGGAUACCUGGCUGGAAUUACAUUAACCUGUUUUUGAUGGGAGCUCAUUCCUCCAUGCGGACUGCCACAGCAGCUAUGGAGACACAGAUAGGAUACUUGGAUCCUGUGCUGCAGGAUGCCAGGAAACUCCAAGCAAUGGUCUUGUCCCUCAUGCAGAAUGAGACAGAGGCAGACGCCUGGGUCAGACGUGUCAUGGACUCUGCUUUGCAGACUGUGACUGAGGCUCUAAUGGGACACAUGGACUGCCCUCGCUUGGCUGCUCCCUGGGCUUGGAUUUCAGCAUACACCUCAAUGGAUCCUAAGUUAUGGGCUGCAUUAAUGUGUCCUGGCAAUGGUUCUCAUUUGGAGGAUGUCUUAAUGGCACCACUGAUGCCUCUGGUGCAACAGGUGAAUCAGUUAAUUGGCAUAGCUAAUAGUACUUUGAUGUAUGACGUCACACCCGCCAUGAUCCUAUCAGAAUGGCACAGCCUAUAUCGCACGUCAAUGAAGUACAGCGCUUCCAGCCAGGCACUUGUUGAAGAGCUCAAACUGGAAGAUUUUUCUGAAUGGAUCGAAUACAACAUCACAGUCAACUGGCCUGAGAUCCUCAUAACCAGGAGUAUAGAGACAUUUGAGGUUUUGGGGUCACAUCUUCAAAACAGCUCUCAAUGGUCAUCCAUGGAACCAUACUUCCACAUGGCUUACUGGAUCUUGACCUUCCAACCUAAUGUGACUGCGCCACCAAACUGCACUUUUGCUCCAAAAGGCAUUGUGUGUCAGACUGGGUUUACAUGGGAGAAGUUUAUUCCACUGCUUGAAUCUCUACUCCGUGAAGUUAGGACAAAUCCAGCUGCUCUGCUAAGACCUAUCCAGGGAGCAGAGGUUUUGCUGCAAAGCAUCUACAGGGACACCUACAUGAAUAUGCUAAAAAAGUUCCUCAGCAGCUCUGGGGAGGAUUUUUCUGGCUGGUCACCACAGAACAUAUUGCUGAGUCUUGCUGCUUUGGUGGACACAAACAUUCAGCUCCUCUCAAAUAUCACAUCAAUUAAUCAGCUUGACAACAAGGUCUUGAUUGCAAUGUUGAAUAACAUUGUGGAGGCCUUUGGUCUGGGGGAGCUGGAGGUACUAUGGUCAGGCAGCUCCCCGAACAGCAACCACAACACUGUUGUUAUGAACAUUAUCCAACUGUUGAAGCCAGAGUCCAUCCAGACGCUUUACAGUGAAGGGAAAUUUGCAGUACUAGAAGCUAUUUUGCGCGUUCUUGGCGAGGUCUUGCCUCCUGAGCAACAGAUUCAGUUUAAACAGCUUCUAAACCGCACACAUGCCCUCUUUGGAGAUUUGGCAGUCUGUUCAGCUACAGGUCAAGACUGCCUGGCUGAAGUUCCAAAGGUUUUCCAGACUUUGUCAUGGCUUGCUGAAAUGAUUUCAGUAGGAUCAAAUGCCAAUGUCACAAUAACACCCAGUCUGGACAGCAUGACUCUGUCAGUCACUGGUCAUAUUCUAAACCUUAUUCUACCAUGGAAUACAUCAGUGGACACCAUCACCAAGGUCCUUCAGCUCCUUGAGGUGUUGUCUGCAUCACCCAGUAUAAACAUCACCAAUAUUCAGCACACACUCCAAACCUUCAAUCUCACCAUUUUGGAUCUGAAGAAAAUUGUACAACUAUCUGAGUCCUCUUCUGUACAUCUGCUACUCAGCAACCUCUUGGACAUUAGUAACUCCUCGGAAUGUCUGAACCUAUUUCCCCAGAAUAUAACAUCUAUAAGGCCCCCAGGUUCCAGUGAAGCAGAAUGCACUCUGAAGCUUUUUGAAAGAGCACUAAAAUUAAUUCAGGUUAUGCCAUUCCCUGAAGGUUCUCGGGCAAUUAUAUCAGCUUCUUCUAAUGCAAUAUAUGAGGAGGUGAUGAAGCUGAAGAACAUGUUCAGCCUGGGAUCUGGGCCUGUCACCAUGUCAGAGAAUGUUUUGAGAGCUGUCUUGGCAAACAUCAGACAAAACCUUUUACAUCUCAAUGUGGGAAAUGGCACAUUGAUCGGAAAUGACCUCAAUUUAUUGGAGAAGCUAUUAAAUGUGACACUGCAUGAGCAAUAUCCAUACUUCAUGAUCAACUCUACAUUGUUGUCACAACAUUUAUCUGCACAGAAGGUUUAUAGUGAGAUUGCUUUGUGGUACUUACACAAACUGGAGAAUGCCACCAGUGAAAGCAUGUUUAAAGAGUAUCUCUACCAACUAAUUCACCUGACCAAAGUGCAGGUUGAAAUCAGUGCUGCUCAGUCAAACUUCUCAACACUAGUGUCUAACCAGAUCCAAUACUUGAUAGAUCAUAUACAUCCUCCCCUAGAUGGAGCAGGUUUGAAAAUGAUCAGCAAUGCUGUGAUCACCAUACUACAGGGUCAACUGCAACUGAUAAAGAUGAACCUUGAGAUUCAGCAGAACUUCUUUGUCUUAAUGGGUUUGCAAGGUAAUACAACUCUUCCCAGUGACAUUGAAGCUCAGCUUAUGAACUACUUCAACUUGACUCUAGAUUGGAUCAAAAAUCCACAGCUUACAAUGAUCAUUGCUAAAAUCUAUGACUGGAACAGUGACUCUGGGCAGGCGCUUGGCAACAAAUUGCCAGAGAAAUUAUUGUUCAGCCUCAUCUCUGUGGUGGACAAGCUUCUCUUCAAUGUGAACUACACGGACCAGUUCAACAGUCAGCUCCUAAUAACAAUUUUAAGUGACAUUCUGGAAGGUUUUGGCCUAGGACAAUUGGAGGUACUAUGGUCAGACAAAUCCCAGAAUACUAACCUCAACAAUGUAGCUGUGAACAUUCUCCAACUCUUGAAGCCAGAGUCUAUCCAGACACUUAAAAAUCAGAGCGAAUUUGCUCUACUGGACGCCAUCUUUCGUGUCUUUGGAGAGGUUUUGCCUUCUGAACAACGGAGCCAGUUAGACAGGUUUCUAAACCACACACAUGCCCUGAUUGCAGACGUAGCCAUCUGUUCAGCUCAUGGUCAGAACUGCCUAUCUGAAGUUCCAAAGGUUUUCCAGACUUUGUCAUGGUUUGCUGAAAUGAUUUCAGUGGGAUCAAAUGCCAAUAUCACAAUAACUCCCAGUCUGGACAAUAUGACUCUGUCAAUCACUGGUCAUAUUCUAAACCUUAUCCUACCAUGGAACAUGUCAAUAGAUACAGUCAAUAAGGUUCUCCAUUUUCUCCAGCAGGUGUCUGCUUCACCCAAUAUCACUAUCAACAAUAUUCAGCAAGCACUCCAAGCAUUCAAUCUCACCAUUUUUGACUUGGAACAAUUCUCUGAACUACCCGGGGCUUCAUACUUGCCUAUGAUACUGUCAAACCUCAUGGAUACCAUCAAUAUCUCACAAUGUCUGAACUCUCAGUUCCAUAACAUAACAUCUCCCCCAAGUUCCAGUGAGGGACAGUGUGCUCUGAGGUUUGUUGAAGGGGUGUUUAGGUUAGUUCAGAAGAUACCCAUAUUUCAAGGUUCUGAGACCAUUCUGUCAGCCUCUCUUCAUAUGGUGUAUGAACAGGUAAUGAAACUCUGGCAGAUAUCUAACCCACAGUCUAACCCUCUCAUUGUGACUGAAGACGUUUUGACCAUAACUCUGCAAAACAUCAGACAGAACCUUCAAAACCUCAGUUUGGAGAAUGACACAUUGACCUUAAUCACAAAAGAUCUCAGUUUAUUGGAGAAACUUUUAAAUGUGGCACUCCAUGAACAGUAUCCAUACAACACGAUCAACACUACACUGAUGUCACAGCCAUUGUAUGCUCAGAAAGUAUAUGGUGAGAUUGCACUGUGGUAUCUACAUAAACUAGAGAAUGCAACCGAUGACGAUACAUUCAGAAUACUUCUUUAUCAAUUUCUCCGCAUGACAGAGAUGCAAAUUUUAAUCAAUGCCGCUCAGUCAAAUUUCUCUAUUCUGGUGUCCAGUGAGAUCCAGCACUUGAUGGGCCAAGUGCACCUUCCCCUGGAGGAGGCAGGUCUGAACAGGAUCAACAAGGCGGUCAUGACCUUAUUGCAGGCUCAGCUGCAACUUAUAAAAAUGAACCUUGAGAUUCAACAGGCCUUCUAUGACUCCAUGGGUUUCCACAUGAACAUAAGCAUUCCUGCUAACAUUGAAGUUGAGAUCAUGAGGUACCUCAAUUUGACACAAAGUUGGAUCACAAACCCACAACUCACUCUGGCCUUUGCCAAAAUACUCCAGUGGAACAGCAGUUACAUUGACAUUACUGAGCCAGGUAUGGACCUAGAGCAGCUGAUCCAAGCCAUGGCUCCACUGCUGUCUCCUGAGGAGCAGGCCUACCUUGGUGUUAUUGAAGAGGUCACUCAGGCUCUGAACCAUGCCCUGCAACUGGGCAACACUGAAGGUGCCCUGCAGAGCACCAACUUCACAGAAGCCAUCAUGGAUUCUAUAAGGGUGUUAUUGAGGAAUAGCUUCAAUGGGUCCAUUCCCCUGCCUGAAUCUGCCAUUGAUGAUAUUACAGCAGUUCUCCAUAUUUCUCUCCAGCUACUUCUGAACAAUGACACAAGCUAUGCCCAAUCUCAGGGAUUCAUAGUGCAAGCAGCACUCAGGGCAAAAGACUUUAUCAUUAUCCUUGUUCCAGAGUCUGCUGAAGUCUUGGGUCCUAUGAUCAACAGCAUAAUAUCAUACAUUAACAUCAUCUCUAAGCCAAGUGGAUCUGAUACAUGGAAUGUGGCUGUGCUGAAUUUGAUGGACGGACUCCAAGUUUCUUUGCCUCCGAACAGCACGGCCAAGCCCUAUAUAUCAGUGAUAAAGGAAAUCAUACACUUUAUUCUCAACUACAAACAAGGAAACUUAAGUCUGUGGUCCAGUCUGGGGGAGUUGAAUCUUAGCAACCUUGAUGAACUUACCAAACAGAUUGCUGGUGUCCUGGACGCUAUAAUACCGGUCCUCUCAACUGAGCAGGGUAUGGCUUUGGCACCUGAGACUAUCAAGGCUCUGACAGAAUCAAUUCCAAUACUUGUUCAGAUCCUGUCUGGGAAAGCUGACCAGCUCACCUUUCACAGGUUGGAGAAUACACUGAGUGCUCUUCUGUCAAUGCUGAACGACACAGCUGUGUGGAACACUCUGCCGGCCGCUGUGGAUGUGGUCAGGAAUGUCACAGCAUCCAUGGUUCAGAGCAUACAGGCUCAAACCAGAGUCAUCUCCAGUCUCUCUGAGGUUUUGUCAGAUGCUAUCUUUAUGAAGCCCAGAAAUGUGUCUUUCAUCAUCAGUUCAUUGCCACGGGCUUUCCAGUCCACCUUAGAAGCUACACUACAGGCUGCUUUGAGUAGGCAGGUGUUGAAUUGCAGUGAAGUGCAGAAGAUCUGGGAGCAGGUCAGCGAUGCAGUUGGGAUCAACAGCAGUGUGUUUACAGUGUGGUGUAAUGACCGUCUUCAAGCAAUCCUGGAAAAUUUGCCAAAAGUAUCGAAACCAAUUGCAAGCCAGAAUGUGAUGGUUAUGGACCCCCAGUGGCUAAAUGCCACGGCAGCAGAGAUCGUGGCCUUUCUGGAGGCUCUUUACUCAGCCAACCUUAAUGAGUCCCUGGCCAUGCAACAUCUGUCACAAACUCUUAUGCAGGGUGCUUACAUGCUUAACCUGUCACUCUCAGAAGUAGAAAGCCAGCUUAAUUUGAACAAUCUGUUCCUCUGGCUACAGCAACAGCAAAGUUCCUUCCUUUUUCAAAUGGUCUUGGAGAAAUCUGAACUGGAGGCACCGCUGAGGACGUUGAGCUGGAGGCCAUAUGUUCUGGCAGUGCAGAAAACCAUGGACUAUGUCCUGCAGGACAGUUACCUUAACAAGAAUGCAAUAGCAAGCCCUCAGAUUGUCAUGCAGGCCAUAGAAAUCGUCCUCACUGCAAUGAACAUUAGCAGCAAGUCUAUAAAUGCUUUCUUGAACAGCGAUAUCUUCACUAAACCUAAUGGCUUCUCCACUGACAUGCUCAUAAAAGACCUGAUCUGGAAAAUCAUUGACAUGAAACUGCUGGGAGACCUGCCUGUGGUCUAUGACUUGCUGAAUCAACUGACCUAUGUGGAAGACACAAGUCGCAUCUUGGAACAAGUCAUUGAACUAGUCAACUGGUACAGCACUGCUGAAGACACUGGAGUGAAUCUAGCCAUGCAGAUCCUGCCCAAGUUGUAUGAAAUGGUGAAAGCAGUACUGCCAGCUGCCAGCCAGCUGACUUCCCCUCUGCCUUCCUACUCUGACCUCUUCAUUGACCUCGCUGGCAAUGCCUUGUAUUUUCUGAGACAAAUCGCCAGCACCAGCAAUCUCUUCGCCCCCAUGGAUAAUUACCUCAAUCCAUUCCAAAUGCAACUUGCUCCAGGACAAAAUCUAAGGGAUCUUAUAUCGCAGUCGAGAAACUCCAGAAGGGUGGCGUCAAAUGUGAAGAGAGAGCCAGUGGAUGAUUUCCUAGAUCUCCUCGAGAUAGACUACAGAACAUUAGCUCAUGUUCUUUCUGUCCCCCUUAGCCAUGAGGAAAUUUUGGAGACCAUGCAUGUUUUCUUUGCAAACCCUGAUCUUGCAGUCAUUCUGAAGGGCCUGUCUGGAAACUCAAGUCAAGAUGCAACUAUUAACAAAGCCCUCAAUGUGCUAUCUUACUUGACACUUCCAAGCAACAGGCAGAACUUUAUGGAGAUGUUCAUGCAGAUCAGCUAUGAAGGAUGGAGUCUGGGUAGCAUGGAUAAGACGGGGAUGUUGGCAGAAAGCGUGGGCAAAAUGAUCGACUUGGCAUUGAUGCUUUCCCAGGAGUCACCCCUGGGCAUAGCUCAGAGGGUUGAACAGAUGGCCAAACAGUUCAGUUUUGCAGCAUCAUAUAUUGUCAGCCACCAAAGUAAUGGCACUAGUCUUGCAAUCCUCACUGCCAUCAAUGAUAUUCUGUCACAGAAUCUGCAGGACACAAGAAAUAUGAGCUCUCAGAUCCAGUCCUUCCUUCAAGCCAUUAUCAGCUCCAUAUCUGCAUCAGGGUCACAGGCUGGCCUUGCACCUUACAUAAAGGCUAUUGACCAAAGCUCUGAAGCUUUGAUCUCCCUUCUACCUCCUCAGGUAGCUGUAUAUUUUAACAUGUCAGCACAGAUGGCAGAAGCACUAGCAUUACUUGUGUCAAAUCCAAGAAAUACAGAGAAUGUGCUGUUGUCAAUUUACAAGAUUGCCAAUACCCUCAAUCGCACCCUUACCCUCUCAGGCAUGACCACUCUGCCAAGUGGGCAGCCUGUCCAAGAGAUUAUAUAUCCUUUCUUCCUGAGCAGUGCCUUCGCCACGGAAUUCUUGUUCAAUCUCUCUGUCUCUAACUAUACCUUCAGCAGUGCUCUGGAGCGGGACAUGAUUUUGACCCAGGCAUUUGAUCAGAUGACCUCCACUCUUCCAGUGGAGGUACAAGUGUAUCUCCACCCUCUCAAGUCAGCUCUCUUCUAUGCUCUUUCUAAUGUGACAAGCACAGCCCAAAUACAACCUGCCUUCUUUGAAAUCUCUCAGCAAGUUACCAUGUCGCUCUUGCUAUCCCUAAAUAUAACUGGGGAUCCUGCACACAUAGGAGUGAAUUCUGACAACUUAUCUCUUGUCCUGUUCACUGUGUCAAGCAAGGUAUCCAGAAUCCUCUAUGAUAGCCUGAUGGCAGAUCCUCACUCUGUGCAGAUUCCGUACGUGCUUAGAUCUCUGAAAGAGGUCAUGAUGUCCUUGUCCUUGGUACUACCUGUGGAAAAUCAGCAAUAUCUUAACAUCUCCCUCCAAUUCAUAGAAACUGUGGCCAUUGCCCUGAACCAUACCAUCAACACUGGGAACACAAUGGAUGUGAUGAUCCAGUUUUCCAGCUCUAUCCAAAGCCUCCUGGCUAUGAUGCCAAACAUUAGCAGAGACACGUCAGGCAUUGUUUCCAAACUGGAGAACACCCUGAAGAUACUCCUGAAAGCCCUCCCCUCAGGCCACGACCCUCUAAACCAAAGUUCUGACAUCAUUCAGGAGAUUCUCCUCACCAUCCAGAACUUCCUCAGCCUGGCCAACAACAAUGCGGAACUGGAUAUAGCCAGGAUCAUUCUGCAGGCUGCCGAGAUGAGCACAGGGCCUUUGCUGAUGAUGAACAACACUAGCUGGGAUGACAACCUGCCUCUAGUGCUGACUAACAUUGCCGACAGCCUUCCUGACAAUCUUCAUUUGGGUCCUUUCAAUAAAACCAUCCUCAGAAGUUUGGCCAAUGAAUCACAAGAAAACUUGAAUCUUCUGCUUCAGACUCUAAGCGUAGCCUCUGAACUUCUCUUCACUAACUGGAUGAGUGACAACUUCAGUGUUUUACUGGACCAGCUGCAGACACAGGUUUGCAGUCUAGAGAAGAUGGACUCAGUGCAGCAGUUCAGCCAGGCUCUGUCUUUAGAACCUGGCUUGCUGUGCCACAUGGCUCUGCCCGCCAUUCGAGCACUUCGUGACAUCGCCAACGACCUGGUGAACCAAAGCGCUAGCGACUAUGAACAGCUCUUCAAGACCUUAGUUGGAGACCCCACUACUUAUAACAUCAACGUGGACUGGAGCUCUAUCCUCUCAAACAUUCUUGGUAUCAACAUCAGCGCUUUGAGAAACAUCAACGUCAACAUGACCUCUCAGAGUGUUGUGAAGAUGUCUGACUUGCUGAAGAACAAGACGCUGUUUGUUUUGGAAGUCAUGCACUACACCGGCAUUUCUUCAGAGAUCCUAAACACUCUGCUGGAGUCCUCCAUGCCUAGCAGCAACCUGCAGCUCUUGGCUUGGCUAGCUAACUUGCGCUACUGCACUGACCCCUCCUCCCUGGACCUGGACCUCACAGGGAAACAGAUCUUCACAGCUCUUUGUUCCUUGUCUUCUCAACAAUGGUACACCAUGGCUGUGCUUCUGGCUCGGCACAUCAACAUGGAGAACGCCAUAUACAGGAUGCUGCUUUCCAGUGAAAUCCAGGGAAUGAUGGGCAUCCUGAUGCAGAUGUUGAAAUUCUUUACAGACAUUAUGAACAAGCUGGCCCCUGCCCUGAACCGGCUGCAGGGAUAUCUGACCAGCUUUGGUGACCUGAACUUGAUGGCAAACUCUGAGUUCCGAAAUUUGGUGAGGGCGAAGCGAUCAGCGAUCUCUAGCAAGGCCACAUUUGUCACCAUCUCCCGUGCCAUGUGUAAAAACGGCAUGCUGGCGCUCUUUGGCAUCUCCACGUUGCCCAACCUGGCCGAGUCUGACCCUUCUUUUGGUGACCAGAAAAGGGUGGAAGAGCUCAUGACCAAGUUCAAAAUCCCACGAGAUGCCACUCCUUUCUGCACCAACUUCUACCUGGAUAUGGUGAGCACCACAGGGGGCGCUGUAGCCUGGGCUUUCUUGAAGCCGAUGCUGCUGGGAAGGGUGCUGUACUCCCCUGACACGCCUCUGACUAGAGCCAUCAUCAAGAAGGCGAACUCCACACUGCAGCAGUUUGGUGACCUGCGUGUGUACUCUGAGGAAUGGCUACAGUCAUCUUCCUAUCUAAUGCAGUCAGCCCAAGUCCUGAAUAAAACCCUGCUCAUGCUCCAGAACUCCCUGCGUAAUCCUUUUGUCCAAAACUUCAUAAAGAAGCAGACCGACAUUGACGUCACGCAGAUGCAAGAGACUCUCCAGAAUUUCUCAAACAUGACGCAGAUGUUGCAGCAGAAUCGGUUAAUCAUGCAGCAGAUCAGCACUCUCUCCAGCCUUAUGAUGAACCUCUCGUCCUGCGUCAACUUCAACCGCUACAAAGGCUACAACUCCACUGAGGAACUGGACAAGCAGGCCGAGAAACUGUCCCAGAACCGCGAGCUCUAUGCCAGUGUCAUCUUCAAGCUGCCUAAAGACAAUGUCUCCUCCUCAUCUUCUGGCCUGCCUCCUAAAGUGGACUACACAAUCCGCAUGCACAUUGACAACUCAAUGCGAACCGACCGCUCCCGAAACCCGUUCUGGGUGAAAUCUUCGUACAUCUCCCCGCUGAAGACGCAGCGCUACACCCGCGGCUUCGCUUACCUGCAGGAGGGCAUUGAGAGGGCCAUCAUAGCACUGCAAGCUGGGAAAGAGGUGCAGGAGCCCGCCGUGCAGGUCCAGGCCUUCCCAUACCCCUGCUUCUAUAAAGACGAGUACCUCAACAGCAUCACUUUUGCUUUCCCGCUGGUGCUCAUGCUCGCCUGGGUGCUUUUCAUCGCCAACUUCGUAAAGAAGCUCGUCCAUGAGCGAGAGCUCCGGCUGCAUGAGUACAUGAAGAUGAUGGGUGUCAAUCCAAUUAGUCAUUUCUUCGCCUGGUUCAUCGAGAGCGCAUUGUUCCUCAUAAUGACCAUCAUCAUCCUCACCUUCAUUCUGAAGUAUGGCAAAGUGCUUCCAAACAGCGAUGCCUUUGUGGUCUUUCUCUACCUUUGUGACUACGGCCUGAGCAUCCUAGCCAUCAGCUUCCUUGUCAGCUCUUUCUUCGACAAGACCAACAUCGCAGGGCUGAGCGGCAGCCUUAUCUAUGUCAUCUGCUUCUUCCCCUUCAUCGUAGUGAUGUCCAUGGAGGAGACCAUGUCCUUCUCCUGCAAGACCGCACUGAGCCUGUUUUCUCCAACAUGCUUCAGCUAUGCGAGUCAGUACAUUUCCCGCUACGAGAAACAGGAAGAAGGCAUCCAGUGGAGCAACAUGUACAUCUCUCCUGUGGCUGGAGACACCGCUUCAUUCGGUUGGCUCUGCUGGCUUCUCCUCAUCGAUUCUGUAAUCUAUUUCCUUCUGGGCGCCUACAUCCGCAUGGUAUUCCCAGGUAAAUAUGGCAUACCAGCUCCAUGGUACUUCCCUGUGCUCCCAUCCUUCUGGGCUGAUCUCGUUUGCUGCUGCAACAGAGCACCAAGGAAAGUUGGCAGAGGGCUGCUCUUCUCCAACAUGGUGCAGGACAUCCAGAGAAAGGGCAAAGAUAAAGGAAAAGAUGUGGGUGAUUUCCAGACUCAGGAAGAUGAGGAGUUCCCAGAGCUGCCAGUUGGCGUCUCACUCCAUGGCUUGACCAAGACUUACGGCAGAAGGAAAGCCAUUGAAAACCUGAACCUGUCCUUCUAUGAGGGUCAUGUCACCUCACUGCUCGGCCACAAUGGAGCUGGAAAGACCACCACCAUGUCACUCCUCACUGGCUUGUUUGCCCCCUCCUCUGGCUCGAUUGAGGUCUAUGGGAAAGACAUGCAGACGUUUAUUGAUGAUGUACGGAAGGAGAUGGGUGUAUGUAUGCAGUAUGACGUCCUCUUCGACCACCUGACUGCUAAGGAGCACCUGUUGCUGUAUGGUCAGAUCAAAGCCCCUCACUGGACGAAGCAGGAACUGCGUCAACAAGUUCACAGGAUUCUGGAGGAGACAGGAAUGUACUCCCAUCGUCACAAGCGUGUGGGGAUGCUGUCAGGAGGCAUGAAGAGGAAGCUGUCCAUUUCCAUCGCUUUCAUCGGCGGCUCUCGUCUUGUGGUACUGGAUGAACCCACGACGGGCGUGGACCCCUGCUCACGUCGAAGCAUCUGGGAAAUCAUCCUACAGCAUAAGCAGGAACGCACAGUCAUACUGUCCACUCAUCACCUGGACGAGGCUGAGGUCCUCAGUGACCGCAUCGCUUUCUUGGAGCGGGGAGGCCUCAAGUGCUGCGGAUCGCCAUUCUACUUGAAAGACAAGCUAGCUAAGGGCUACAACCUCACCCUCACCAAGAAGGUCCAGGCGCUUGAUUCUGAGGAGAAAUUUGACAGUGAAGAGGUGAAAGCUUUCAUUCACUCACAUAUGCCUGAGGCUCAACAGAAAGAGGGAGAGAUGGGAGAUAUGGUCUACUCUCUUCCUGCCUACAGCUCCCAGAAUGCAUCUGCCUACCGUUCACUGCUUACUGGCCUGGACAGGAAUCUGAACGCUCUACAGCUGGGCUGCUAUGGCAUAUCAGACACGACCCUAGAAGAGGUAUUCCUGCAGCUGACACAAGAUGAUUUGGAGCCAGUGGAGGACAGGCCGUGUACCGUGUCCGAGUCAGUGCAGGAAAUGGCAGCUUCCAGAGACAGCCUGCAAGAUGAUGCCAACAGCAGCAUGUACUUGGGAGAGAGAGCGAGUUUAACAGGUAACUCCACAGUGAGCGGAUUCCGCCUGGUGGCCCAGCAGGUGAUGGCCAUGAUAGUGAAACGUUUCCAUCACUCCAGGAGGGACUGGAAGGGCCUCAUCUCACAGGUCCUGCUCCCUGUGCUGUUCGUUAUCGCCGCUAUGGGCCUGGGCUCCAUUAAGAGUGACCUACAGUACUUCCCUGAGAUGGAGCUUUCUCCAGCUCUGUAUGACACUGGCAAACAGUACGCCUUCUUCAGUAACAACAAUCCCAACUCCACGUACCUGGUGAAUACGAUGAUGUCAUAUCCAGGCAUUGACCACUUCUGCAUGGGCAAACCUGACAGCGAAGUGUGUCGCAGAAGAGGCAGCAUGGUAUCUGAUGAAUGGACAUCCGGAGGUAAUGGCUCCUCUUGGUCUGGGAGCUGUAAGUGCAGUGGCUAUUCACAGACCUGCCAGAAGCCCGGAUUUGAACCUCCUCACAAGACCAAUCCCUCGUCCCAAAUAGUCUACAACCUGAGCAAUGUCAAUACUGAGAACUACCUUUUGACCACAGCUAAUGACUUCAUCAGAAACAGAUAUGGAGGCUGGUCCUUUGGGAACUCCCUUCCUAUUGACCUCCAAAUGGACAUUCUGGAGGUGCCCAAGAACAAGACCUUAACUAAGGUGUGGUACAACCCAGAAGGCCAUCACACCUUACCUGCCUAUCUCAACAGCCUCAACAACUUUAUCCUGCGCUCUAACAUCCCAGCGGACCAACGUCAGCAAUAUGCAAUCUCACUGUCCAGCCAUCCCUACCCUGGCCAGGUGGAAGAUGAGGAUGCCAUGGUGCGUGGCCUGGUCAAUGUUUUGGUUGCACUGUGUGUCCUCACCGGCUACUCCAUUAUGACGGCCAGCUUUGUCAUCUACGAAGUUCAGGAACACCACACUGGCUCCAAGAGGCUCCAGCACAUUUCAGGCAUCAGUGAACCCUUCUACUGGGUGGUCAACUUCUCGUAUGAUAUGGCUCUGUACAUGGUUCCUGUGGUUCUCUCUGUGAUCAUGAUCGCAGCCUUCCAGCUUCCGGCCUUCACUGAUCGUCUGAAUUUGGGAGCAGUCACGCUGCUGCUUGUGCUCUUUGGGUUUGCCAGCUUCCCCUGGAUGUACCUCGUUUCAUCCCUAUUCAAGGAUGCAGAGAUGGCCUUCAUCAGCUAUGUCUGCAUCAACCUCUUUAUCAGUGUGAACACCAUCAUUUCCACUGCCAUACUUUACUUCUUACAGCAGCUCAACCAGAAUGAUGAGAACAUCCAGGCGGUGUACCAAACCCUGAACUACGUGUUCCUGAUCUUUCCCCAGUUCAGCUUUGGAAAUGGGCUGAUGGAGCUGGCCCGGGUGGACAUAGAGGUCCAGAUCCUGAGCGUGUUUGGAGUGGAUGCCUAUAAGAACCCCUUUGACAUGGAUGUGUUGGGCUGGAUGUUCCUCUCCCUGUUCCUGCAGGGUUUCUUCUGCUUCACUCUGAGGCUGCUGCUCAACAAGUGGCUCCUGCGGAAAGUUAGGCGUCUCUUCUGCCGGAGGAUGUCAGUACAUCAGACAAGAAGCUGGGACGAGGACGAGGAUGUCUUGGCUGAGCGCCAGCGUGUGGACAGUGGAGCGGCGAGUUCGGAUUUGCUGCAGGUCAGCCAGCUCACAAAAGUCUACCAGCAUCUGAACCGGAAAGUUGCGGCCGUGAAGAAGCUAUCUUUCGGCAUACCAGUGGGAGAGUGCUUUGGACUGCUGGGUGUCAAUGGAGCAGGAAAGACCACCACAUUCAAGAUGCUGACUGGAGAUGUCAGCCCUACAUAUGGCUCAGCACAAGUGCUGGACUGGGACGGGAGAAUGGUUGACAUGAUAGACUGCAGGACAGAGGGCAUAAACAUCGGUUACUGCCCUCAAGUGGAUGCACUGGAUGACUUGCUGACUGGAGAGGAGCACCUGUACUUCUACGCCCGUAUCAGAGGCAUCGCCAAGAGGGAGAUUGAUGGGGUUGUGAACUAUCUGCUGAAGAAACUCGAGCUGAGCUACCACAGGCAAAUCACCAGCGAAUGCUACAGCUGCGGAACACGCCGGAAACUUUCCACUGCUUUGGCUCUCAUUGGACAGCCUCAGCUCCUGCUGCUGGAUGAGCCCAGCUCAGGAAUGGACCCCCGCUCCAAGCGGCACCUCUGGAAGAUCAUCUCAGAGGAGGUGAAGGGAAAAUGUGCUGUGGUUCUGACAUCACACAGCAUGGAGGAGUGUGAGGCUUUGUGUUCUCGUCUGGCUAUAAUGGUGCAAGGCCAGUUCAGAUGUCUGGGCUCCCUACAGCACAUCAAAAACAGGUUUGGCAGUGGCUUCACGGUGAAGAUGUACCUGACUGCAGCCUCCUGUGAUGCAGAUCCAAUCACCAUGUUUAUGGAGCAGCAUUUUCCCAGCACUUACCUGAAGGAUCAUCACUCGUCUAUGCUGGAGUACCAUGUUCCUGUAGCUCCUGGAGGUGUGGCUGACAUCUUCGACCAGCUGGAGUCGAACAAAGCUGCGCUGAAGAUCAAACACUUCUCAGUGAGCCAGACCACGCUGGAUGAGGUCUUCAUUAACUUCGCUACGGGAAAUGUUGGCACAGAAUCGCAAGAAGUCAGCGAGGCCUCUGACUCAGACAGUCUUGACACAUUCAGUACUGUUGACACAUAGGAGGACACUGGCGGGUUGGACAAAAUGACAAUGAAAGACUAUGUAAAAAAUGGAAUAGAACGACAAGUUAAUGUAAGCAACUCUUGAAGACUUGAUCCUGGUACUGUAAUUUUUAGACAUUUAAAAAUGAAUCAGUUCAUUUACAUGAUAUAUUAUUUUAUUCUCUUUUAAUGAUGUAAUGAAGUAUCUAAAGCACCUUGUGAGGAAUUAACCUGUUUCUCAGGUUCUUUCUGUGUGUCUGGACAUCUAAAUCCCCAGUAUGCACUUCUCAGGCCAAGAAUAAAUUUGUAUUAUUUCUAAAAUAUAAAAUAAAAACUUAAAUAAUGAACAAAAUCCUGAGGGUGAAUGUUCUCAGAAAGCCAAAUGUAUGUUUCUCCACAUUAGGUUAAAAUCUCUAUUACAUCUAUAGUUAUGUAUACUGUUUUACUGGAAAUGUGAUUAUUCCUGUGACAUUAUUACAAUGUGAAGUGUCAACUGAGCGACUAUAAAUGCUAGAAUAUUUGCACUGCUCAGCCUUAGAUCCUGCUUAAAUCUGCAGAGGGUUUCUCUUUCCUCAACAAAAUCUUUUUGUUGGUUCUAUUGUUUACUGUGACCUGUCAUCAAAGCCUGAAAAAUGCAAAAAAAACCUCAAAAAAACAGAUGACCAUAAUUUGGUUACUCAAUCCGGCAUUAACUAUGCAUGCAGGGUGAGGAUCUCAUCCUUUUGUACUGCGGGCAGCAAUGACGCAGCGCUACUUCUGGGGUGGGUAUAAAUCACAAAGACCGUUUGGCUCCGAGAUAUAAAUGAUUCUUCAAUGUCUGCACAUCUUCAUUCUCAUUAAUAUUUCCUCUCAAGGCACAUCUCUCAUGUACUGAAUAUUUCAUCAGCUCUUUCCUCCGACUGCUUCAAGGCACAGUUCCUCUUUUUAAAAAUGUACUAAACUUAUUUUUACAUUAAAGCUAUUUUUCAAACGCA